AUGGAGGACAUAAUUCUAGACACAGACCUUGCCGGCUUCUCAGUGGAGGACGUGGAGUUGACGUUUGAGGAUAGAUGCCUGGCUCUCGUCGCGGCGAGGCAGGCAACGGAUGGUGGACCAGAUCGGCGACGCUCAGGCUACUACCGCGUGAGGCAAGGGACGCGGCUAACCUUCUGCGGCAUGAAGAACGGCGUGCUACGCCUGAUUUUUGCACUAGACGAGAAGUCGAUGGAGCGUCCUACAAUUGGGGAAGGUAGAAUUGUGAUCCAAGAGACCAUCCACGGGGAAUACAUAGUCCCGGGCGGGCACUCCAGAUUCUAUAACAGGACGUUAUUUGGAAGAUGGAACGCAGAAGAGACCAAAAAGGAUGGCGGGCGCAAUGGACGUCACUACACGUUACACAUCGUGGCGCCGCGUGUAGAAGUGGAAUUACUGGACUACCGUAUCCACUGGAUCGCUUCAGAUGCCCAACAUCGUCGCAUUCCUUGCCAGAGGCCUUGUUACACAGCGCUGCCAGGAAGCAGGGGAAAUGCAGUCCCUGGUGACUUGGCGCAUAGUACGCAAGGCAAUUACAGUUUCAAGGGCAUCCGUGCCGUCGUCAGUUUCCUGUCUCCCGUUCACUCAAGGAAGAUCCAACUCAUAAUCUGUCGGCGCAAUGUCAUGGAAGUGAUCCUCGGGUUCCACUCAACGGUCGUCAUGAACCUGAUCACAGCGUCUCAUGCUUACAGUCUGUACGGCGAGGAGACACUGGAGAGGAAGAUAUCUCUCCCCGUUGACAGCGCACGCUCAGAUCUUGCAAUUGGGAACCUCGAAGCCGCAAAGAGUAAAUAUGUGGCUCGUGGUUGGACGAUGAUCCCAACGCAAGCUGAGGCCUUGCGGCGGAAGGCAUUCAAAGGAUGGACGGCUAGACAUGUGGGCGAUUCAAAAUGUUGGGUGGUCAACCUGCCGGUGAAGCGCGCGGACUUGUUCAAGACGACGGACCCCCUGCGCAAGAACGAAUGGGCGCUGGGAUAUAAGUUCGGCGUGCCAAUGAUAAUGCUUCAGUUGUGA